AUGCUGCUGUUUCGCCGGCCUGAGGUCUGGCUGGGCUGGCUCAUCCUGUGUCAGAUCUUGAUCGCUGUUGCAGGCGGGUCGUUUGUCAUCUGCGAGCAAAUAGCGGCUAUGGCAGCAGUGUCGCAUCAGCACAUUGCCGUUGUCCUAGCUAUUGAAGCAAUGUUUACCAGCAUCGGUGCCGCUAUGGGACAGAGUCUUGCCGCUGCAAUAUGGACUGGGGAGUUCCCCAAGAAGUUGGCUGAGUACCUACCUCCAGAAUCGAGGGGUGAUCUGAAAGCCAUCUACGGGGACAUCAGAGUCCAACUCUCUUAUCCAAUGGGCUCGCCAACACGCAUGGCGAUUGCUCGAGCCUAUGCCGAUGCUCAGAAGUUAAUGCUUGUCGCAUCGACUGCUGUUCUUGUCAUUGGGUUGGUUGCAAUCAUGGCAUGGAGAGAUGUCAAUGUUAAGCACAUCAAGCAAGUAAAAGGUAUUGUCAUCUAA